AAAUAAGGUCAUAUUCUGAGAUACUGGGGGUUAGGACUUCAGUUGAGGAAUUUGGGGGAGAUGCAGUUCAACCCACAACACAAUUCAAUCCCCAUAAUAGGUGGAUUCUAGAGAGGCAAAUGAGGGUGGAAGUAGGGAGACUAGUGAGGAAGUCACUGCAAUAACACAAGGAAAAAAGCUGCUGGCUUGGACCAAAGUGGUGGUGUGGAGGCCCUGGCUCUGGCGGUUGCUGAAGGAGGAAGACAUGGAAGCAGGACGACCCUGAACAAUUAAGCCUCUUAAUCCUGAAUCAGAACCAGGCCUCCUCUUCCCACCUGCCCAGCAGCAUGAGAGCAGCAUGACUGGCCGGCCGCAGGAGAAGCCCCCAGAGCCAGGCCCCCAACUCAACCAUCUGCUGCGGAGGUCAAGGUGUGAGCGGCGUCUCUGCACCCCGGUGGUGUUCGGUCCAUACCUCGGCCUACGUGAGGAUGUAAAGCCCCCCGCCCUGCACAUGAGUGGUACAUGCCAACAGGGACAUCUGGCUGCAGCCACGUUCACAGACAUGUCAGCCGUGGAAUAGUGUGGACGCCUUCCCUCAGCUUCUCAGGGUUUCAGUCCUUUUGGGUUUGUUUCAUUGACCUUUUUUUAUGGUUUUGUGGCUGGACGUUCACGGCCAAGGCAGGCGCCAUGGGAGAUCAGCAACUGUACAAGACCAAUCACGUGGCCCACAGUGGUGAGAACCUUUUCUACCAACAGCCACCGCUUGGCAUCCAUGGCGGGCUGAACCACAACUAUGGGAAUACAGUCACAGGGGCCGGGAUGGAUGCCCCUCAGGCGUCACCCAUCUCCCCCCACUUCCCUCAAGAUACUCGGGAUGGUCUAGGCUUGCCUGUUGGCUCCAAAAACCUGGGCCAAGUGGAUACCUCGAGGCAGGGAGGGUGGGGAGGUCAUACCGGGCCUGGAAACCAUGUCCAGCUACGCGGCAACCUGACCAACUCAAACAUGAUGUGGGGGACCCCGGCCCAGCCUGAGCCCGCUGAUGGCUACCAGUAUACCUACUCCCAGGCCAGUGAGAUCCGGACCCAGAAACUCACCAGCGGGGUCCUGCACAAGCUAGACUCCUUCACCCAGGUGUUCGCCAACCAAAACCUGCGAAUUCAGGUCAACAAUAUGGCCCAGGUGCUGCACACCCAGUCGGCAGUGAUGGAUGGGGCCCCUGACAGUGCCCUCCGCCAGUUGCUGUCCCAGAAGCCCAUGGAGCCCCCGGCGCCGGCUCUCCCUGCUCGCUACCAGCAGGUGGCCCAGCAGGCUCACCCUGGUUUCCCUGGUGGGCUGUCCAAACCAGCUCUGCAGGUAGGGCCGCACGCCAGCCAGGGCCACCUGUAUUAUGACUACCAGCAGCCACUGGCUCAGAUGCCGGUGCAGGGGGGACAGCCGCUGCAGGCCCCCCAGAUGCUGUCCCAGCACGUGCAGCAGAUGCAGCAGCACCAGUAUUACCCGCAGCAGCAGCAGCAGCAGCAGCAGGCUGGACAGCAGCCUGUGUCCCUGCAGGAAAUGCAACAGCAGCAGCCGCAGCAGACGCGCCCGCCGCAGCAGCAACAGCAGCAGCCGCAGCAGCUGCAGCAGCGGCAGGGGCCGAUGCAGAUACCUCAGUAUUACCAGCCCCAGCCCGUGAUGCAGCACCUGCAAGAGCAGCCGUCGCAGAUGCACCUGCAGCCCCCCUCUUAUCACAGGGACCCCCACCAGUACGGCCCGGAGCAGGCACACGCCGUCCAGCUGAUCCAGCUGGGCUCCAUGCCCCAGUACUACUACCAGGAGCCCCAGCAGCCCUACGGCCACCACCUCUGCCAGCAGAGCCACGUGCCCCAGCACCAGCAGCGCGAGGACAGUCAGCCCAAGACUUACCCGAGCGACAGGCAGGCCCAGGCCAUGCUGAGCUCCCACAGCGACCUGGGGCCUCCCGAUGCAGGAAUGGGAGACCCGGCAAGCUCGGACCUGAACCGGCUCGGCGGGGCCCUGCCCCAUCGGCCGCUUCUGUCCCCCGGCGGGAUCCACCUUAACAACAUGGGGCCUCCGCACCAGCAGCUGUCUCCCAGUGCCCUGUGGCCCCAGAUGCACCUACCUGAUGGCAGAGCCCAGCCAGGGUCCCCUGAGUCAAGUAGCCAACCAAAAGGAGUGUUUGGGGAGCAGUUUGAUGCCAAGAACAAACUGACGUGCUCCAUCUGCCUGAAGGAAUUCAAGAGCCUACCUGCCCUGAAUGGCCACAUGCGGUCCCAUGGGGGAAUGAGAGCCUCCCCCAGCCUCAAACAGGAGGAAGGAGAGAAGGCCCUGCCGCCUCAGCCUCAGCCUCAGCCCCAGCCGCCACUGCCGCCUCCGCCACCACCGCAGCUCCCUCCCGAGGCAGAAAGCCUCACGCCUAUGGUCAUGCCCGUGUCUGUCCCUGUCAAGCUUCUCCCGCCCAAGCCAGGCUCUCAGGGCUUCGCCAACAGCAUCGUUGCCGCCCCCUCCACCAGAGACAAGCCAGCCAGCUCGAUGUCGGACGACGAGAUGCCCGUGCUCGUGAGGAUGACCCUCUCUCCCCCACACUCACCCCAAGGGGCUGCCCCCCACCCGCCUGCUGAGAUCCCCAAGAAGCAUCAGCCGGGCGCGGCCAAAGCCGAGGAGCCCCUCAAGAGCUUGCCGGAGAAGAAGAAGUUCCGGCACCGGCCCGAGCCGCUCUUCAUCCCGCCACCGCCCUCCUACAACGCCAACCCCGCCGCCUCGUACUCGGGCGCCACCCUGUACCAGAGCCAGCUGCGCUCCCCGCGCGUCCUCGGCGACCACCUGCUGCUGGACCCCGCCCACGAGCUGCCCCCCUACACGCCCCCGCCCAUGCUGAGCCCCGUGCGCCAGGGCUCGGGGCUCUUCAGCAACGUGCUCGUCGCGGGCCACGGCCCCGGCGCCCACCCGCAGCUGCCCCUCACGCCGCUGACGCCCACGCCGCGGGUGCUGCUGUGCCGCUCCAACAGCAUUGAUGGCAGCAACGUGACAGUUACCCCAGGGCCUGGAGAGCAGACCAUUGAUGUGGAACCACGCAUCAACAUUGGCUUGAGGUUCCAAGCAGAGAUCCCAGAACUUCAGGAUGUCUCUGCCUUGGCCCAGGACACACACAAGGCCACACUGGUAUGGAAGCCCUGGCCAGAGCUGGAAAACCAUGACCUCCAGCAAAGAGUGGAGAAUCUCCUGAAUUUGUGCUGUUCAAGUGCGUUGCCCGGUGGAGGGACCAAUUCUGAAUUUGCUUUGCACUCUCUUUUCGAGGCCAAAGGUGAUGUGAUGGCUGCUCUGGAAACGCUGCUGCUGCGGAAGCCAGUCAGGUUAAAAUGUCAUCCUUUAGCAAAUUACCACUAUGCCGGUUCGGACAAGUGGACAUCCCUAGAAAGAAAACUGUUUAAUAAAGCACUAGCCACUUACAGCAAAGACUUUAUUUUUGUACAGAAGAUGGUGAAGUCUAAGACGGUGGCUCAGUGUGUGGAGUACUACUACACGUGGAAAAAGAUAAUGCGCUUGGGGCGGAAACACCGGACACGCCUCGCAGAAAUCGAUGAUUCUGUGGUGAGUGAAGCUGCGCAGUCGCUGCCUAUGCGGGCCCCGCCCCCGCCCCACACCCAGACGAGUGCAGAAGAGGAGGAGUUAGAGGACGAGGACGAGGACCCGGAAGAAGAUAGGAAAUCCGCCAGAGAAGAGGAGAGCGAAGUGCCCAAGUCUCCCGAACCACCGCCAGGCCCCGUGUUGGCUCCCGCGGAGGGGCCACCGCUGCAGGCCCUCGGCCAGCCCUCCGGCUCCUUCAUCUGUGAGAUGCCCAACUGUGGGGCUGACUGUAGAUGUCAUGUCACUCCCUUUCUUCCCCAGGUGUUCAGCUCCCGACAGGCACUGAACGGCCACGCCCGCAUCCACGGUGGCACCAACCAGGUGACCAAAGCCCGGGGGGCCGUCGCCUCCGGGAAGCAGAAGCCGGGCAGCGCCCAGAGCGGGUACUGCUCAGUGAAGAGCUCCCCCUCUCACAGCACCACCAGCGGCGAGACAGACCCCACUACCAUCUUCCCCUGCAAGGAGUGUGGCAAAGUCUUCUUCAAGAUCAAGAGCCGAAAUGCACACAUGAAAACACACAGGCAGCAGGAGGAACAGCAGAGGCAAAAGGCUCAGAAGGCGGCUUUUGCCGCUGAGAUGGCCGCCACCAUCGAGAGGACUACGGGGCCUGCGGGGACGCCAGGGCUGCUGCCCCUGGACCAGCUGAGCCUCAUCAAACCCAUCAAGGACGUGGACAUCCUCGAUGGCGACGUUGUCCAGCAGUUGGGAGGCGUCAUGGAAGAGGCCGAGGUCGUGGACACGGAUCUCCUCUUGGAUGACCAAGAUUCGGUUUUGCUUCAGGGUGACGCGGAACUAUAAGGCUCCCGCUUGUCACGCAGAGACAGCCAACACCCACGGCCAACGUCUUCGUUAAUCAGGAAACCGGGACUCCCUGCUCGUUUUGUAACCAUUUUAAACUACCUGUUUAAAAAAGUGGUCGUUUCAUUCAGGUUUAGAGAAAAAAAAAAUUUUUUUUUCAGUUUCUUUCCUUUUAUUUAAAAAAAUCAAUGUUUCUGUGGGAGGUUGGAGGGAAUAAAUAAUUGGCACAACUCUAUUUAAGAGGUGUUUCAUCUGGGCUACAUUCCCACGAACUCAUUCCUGGCAGGGAAUACACCUGACCCUCAAUGUUCUUUUGCUUUCAGAUGUCCACCAUCCUCGCUGCCUUUGAUCCCAAAGCUUGCCGUGAGCGUGUGGAUGUGUGUGCGUGUGUGAAGCAGGCCACCCUCUUGGUGUUGGGGCCUUGGGCCACCCUUUCCCACUAAGAGUUAUUUUUGUUCUGUUCUGACCUCAUUCUGUAGUUUGUAGUGAACUUGGAGUCUCUGCCAGGAGAUUCUGUGCUAAGGGGUAGCUUUCCAGUGAGCAAAGCAAGCCCUUCUGUUACACGGCUUUCCCCUAGCACAUACACCAUUUGGAAAGUUGACCAAAUGUGAAAAUAAGUUUUCUCCCUGUCUCACCUAUCACCGUUGGCCUGUUUCCAGGAGUACUGUACAGUUUCAGGCUUUCACUCCAGGGCCAUGCUUUCCUGAGGACCUGGUUCCUAGAGCAAGUGCUUCCUCUUCCGUGCUCCCCUGGGGAACUAGGUGGCUCCAAUUCAUGGAUUGGCAGAGCCAUGUCUCGGCAUGAGCCGUCUAGAGGAAAAUAACCCCAACUCUGAGGUUGCCAGGGCUGUUUAGGGAGAGUGGUUAGGGGCACACAUUCCAGAACACCGAGAAGUGUUCUUUUGCCCAAAAACUAGACUGGAAGAGCCCAUUCUUUUUUGCAACACUGUUAAUGGUCCAUGGAGUUCUGGAAUUACUUCGUGUCACUUGGAAUUACUGUGAAACCUCAUUCACUGGGAUUUUGCUGUCAUUCACCUUUGCUGGACUGUUUCCUAACCAAUUUAAUAGCAAAUACAAGUGAAAUAGCAUUAAAGGCCAACAAUAAUGGUUUCAGACACCACUUCAACGACCAAUGUUUGCAUUCAAACAAGGAAUGUAUUCAUUCAAGUCAUUUACCAAAGCACUUCUAGAAUUCUUCAAGCUACAGAACUCUGCUCUGCUUCCUCCUGUCCCUGUAGCAGGGUUGCUGUUUGUACUUGAAGGUAACAAGCCUGUAAUCCUUCAAAAAUGACAUUUAGCUCAGGCUUUUGAGCUGAGUCAGACUGCCCCCUCCCCCGUUAGGGCGAAUGAGUGUCUUCAGACUGGGACGCAGCCCAGCAGAGAGGACUGCCCCUAGCGGCUUCCCCUUGAGCAUUAAUGCUGCCUGACUUUCGGAAGGAGGGCUUUCAGGCCUUGCCCCACCCCAGGAAGGCUGGUUCCCCCAGCUUGUGUAGGUGGGGGCCAUUGUGCCAGGCUACAUUAAUUAAUAGCUUGACAUUAGAGAGAAUGUCAGCCGAAGCAUGAGGACAGGAUGUGAGCAUCUUUUAAGUUUGACUCUGGCAGAAGCAUUUUAGCACACACUCGUGGCCCACCGCGGCCCCGCAUAGGCAGUGUUCUCUGAAUCUCAGGAAAGCCAUGGACAGAAGAUAAAUAUAAAGGUUCUUUUCGUUUCCAUCAUUCUGUUUUCGGGGAAAAAAAAUAAGUCUUGGAGGUUUCAUUCAUCCUUCCCUAUAGGCAAAAAGAAAGGUUUUAUUUGCUGUCAUUUGAGACAGGUUAUACUCUCGUGUUUUCGAGUUAGAACUGCUUAGACAGUGUGCAGCAACUUUGUGGCAGAAUUGUUCCAGAACCAUUCUGUAAGUUCAGCUGAUUGCGUCUUGUCCCGGUGACUGCUUCCCUCUGCGUGUGCCGGCGUCUGAGCGUGAUUCUGGAAUGGUUCUGCUAUCGGGUCUAUGAAGGCUUAUCUAUCAGAGGAGCAAACACCCAGAAACAUGUUUAUAAAGCAAAUGUACUUGCUGUAUUUGGAGACUUGCCCAGCCGUUCCAGUUUUAAACAUUAAAAAUAAACAGAGUUGCCAAGGCAAAACUGUAAUGCACAAUUUAAUUUUGAUUUUUCAUGCAGUAUAACGUAAGCAUCUUUGACUUGAAAUAACCAAAGAACUCCUCCUUAAUGAGACAGUUCGGAUUCCUGAAGUAGAAUCUCUUGACAAUAUCAACUUCAAACAUUGACUUCAUGGUAAAAUAUUGCACUUCCAUUUCUCCGGAGAUGAUUCCGCCCGCAUGUACGUGCUGUGUUUUGGCUUCCCUCACCCUCCCCACCCCAAAGAACUUCUCUUCCUAAAGAUUAAUGUCUUCAGCACCGUUACUGUUUACUAUCAGAUGGUUUUUCAUUAGUGAAUUUAGACCUCUUUGAGAAAGCUUGUAUAUAAAAAGUUAACAGAUAUAUUUUAUGGAAAAACCCAUCUUAUUUUCAAAUAUAUUUAACUGCUGUUAUAUUUUAUUAGAGGAAGGUUGUAAAUAUUUUCUAGGAGUUCUAUUGUAAAGAAAAGUAUUUUUGAAAAAAAUUAAUGUAAUAAAAACGAAAACAUUUUUAAAUAGUGUUGUGAUUGCUUCCUGUUCUGACUUCGUUAUGUUCUAUUCUCAGCAAAUGACUUGCAUGCCUUCCCAUUUCAGGAUGUAAUUUAUUCAGGUUUGCACUAUUAUAAGUUGACAUCAGAAUAUUUAGUGUACUUAACCGUAUGUUCCCCGGAAUGCAGGUCCCUUGGCCCGUACCCAGAGCACUAUGUAUUAGCAUCUUCACCGUUUUUUCUUUUGUAACGUGUGUAUUUUUAAUAAGGAUUUUAUGUAACAUUUUGGCAAAAAGAGGACAGUAUUUUCUAGUGAAUUUUAUAAUACAUUUUGCUAAAAAUGUUUCUUCCUAGGUCAGUUUUUGUUAAGGUGAACCAAAAGUCUUAUUUUACCAGGGGUUUAAAAAAAAAAA